AUGAUUCAAUUUAAAGUAUCUGCCCCAGGAAAAAUAAUUCUUUUUGGAGAACAUGCUGUGGUAUAUGGAAAAACAGCUGUUGCAGCUAGCGUAGACUUACGUACAGUUCUGAAUUUCACUGAACUACCUGAAACAGAACAGAUUAUUAAGAUAUGUUUUCCUAAAGUAAAUUCAUUUAUUAAUGUAUCUUUACAACAAAUACAACAUUUUUUUCUUACUAAUAUUGAUAUAGAAUUCGUGGAAAAUUAUGAAAUAUUUUAUAAUAAAGUAAAAGAAUUUGUUUCCAUUAUUAGUUAUGCGAAUUUGCAACAAAAAUUAAGUCUUGAAGCAUUUUUUUAUCUUUUCAUUUACAUUACGCAGAAAGAAGAGAUCGAAAUAAAACCAUUUCAAGUUCAAUUAAAUACAGAACUGGGAAUUGGUUCCGGACUUGGUAGUUCCAGUUCCUUUGCCGUUUGUCUUGCUACGUGUUUUCUAUAUUGGUCGCGUUUGCAAAAGGGUAUUUACGAAAUAUUAGAUUUUUCUACUUUAGAUACUAUCUCAAAAUACGCUCUAAAUUGUGAGAGAAUUAUGCACGGAAAUCCAUCUGGAAUAGACAACUCCGUCUGUACAUAUGGAUCGAUAAUAGAAUUCAAAAAGGGUGAUUAUGUAAAGCCAAUAAGUAAUGUGCACGCUCUGAAAAUUUUAUUGGUAGAUACAAGAGUGAAUAGAAGCACAAAAGCUUUAGUUGAAAGAUUAUUAGAACUGAAGCAUAGAUAUCCAGUUAUUAUCGAUCUGAUUAUGAGCUCUAUAGAUAAUAUAUCCAAAGAGGCAAUUAAAAUUAUUGAAAAAUUGAAAACAGUUUCCGUUGAUGAUGAAUAUUUUUUCGAGGGAUAUAGACAGUUAAUGACUCUUAUUAAUAUGAAUCAAGGUCUGCUAGCCACAUGUCAAGUUUCUCAUCCGUCGUUAGAUAGAAUUUGUGCAGAAGCACAAAAUUAUGCUUUGGCAGCAAAGCUUACAGGUGCUGGAGGUGGUGGACAUGCAUAUAUUCUUUUAUUGCCGGAUACGCAACCGGAAACUAUUUCGAGUAUAUCGCGAAAAUUAAUUGCAGAUGGAUUUACUGUCAAAUUAACAACUUUAGGAGGUCCUGGGGUACAAAUUAAUUAAUAAUUUUGUAAUAAAUAUUAAUACAAAUGAUAUUUUCAAUGUAAUAUAAAUUUUAUUUAUACUUAUCAAAAGUAUUUCUAAUUCAAUAUCCUUCUUAUAUUUUCCUUUUUCAAUAAUCAUGAUAGAUGAAUUUAAAAUGUUACAAAUUAA